CAUUCCAAGUGAUCUUAAUAAUUUUCCCAAACAAACAAAAAAAAAACAUGAAAAGAAGCGGAAUUUUAAAAAGCAAAGGCAAGGUAGCCUUUUCAAGUAUAAAAUGAAUUGAUUGAUGCUGCUUUUUUUUUACCAUAUGAUAUAUGAAGAUGAAUAAUACUACUUACAAAGAUUUGCAUUAUCUUAGUGAGAGAAUAGAGGUUUUAUAUGAUGAAAUUAGUGAUAGAAUCCGUCGCGAAGAAAUUAAUUUCUGUACACAUUGUGCUGAACAUGGUCGUUAUUGCGGAAUUGUAGACCUCACAAUGGAAGAUAAGGAGAAAUUAAUUUCAAUUCAAGACUCAUUAAAGGAUCUUCAGAACAUCCUCCAGUUCUACCAGGCAUUGGAGUCUCGGCAGCAGAGACAUCACAACGGGGCGCUUGUCCGGUUGGAAGCAAGUAGAAUGAUACUGAUAGACAAAUUAAAUAAGUAUCCAACAUGGGGAAACAAACUACAAGUGAUUGAAGAACUAAAAGAGUAUUUUGGCAAAGGCAUUGCAGAUGCAUCAUCAUUUUCUGAGAAUUUGGAAAAAACACAACAGAAACAGAGUGAAGAUGAGAAAGACAAGAAGAAUAGUUCAAGUUUGUUGAUCAUUUGCAUAAAAAGUUUAUUCAAUCCAUGGAAUUGGUAUCGCGUGACUAGAAUUGCUGCGAUAGCAUUGAUAUUUAACGUUUACAGGAAUAGAAUGCAAGAUAAGAAUAAGAUGUCUGGUCCAAGAUUGCAAAUAGGCUAUUUAGAUAGCCAAUUAGCUGUUUCAUAUGGAAAGGGAUAACUCAUAACCAUGAGUGUAAAGGAAGCAACUGUAGUAGCUACACCGACACUUCCUUUCAAGGAAAGGGAUGAUCGCGUGUACUUUUUUUUUUUUAAAAAAAAUCAAUCAAACGAAUAUACUUCAAGUUGUUUGCUGAAAUAGCCUUGAGUAAGUUGUUUGCUGAAAUAGCCUUAAGUAGUGAUGAGUAUGAUUCCAAUUUAUUUGUGUAAGGCAUAUAUAUAUAUAUAUAUAUAUAUAUUACUAGUUCUGGAAACGUGCCUUGCAUGUUUGACCUCAGUUACUGUAAUAAUUUAUAUAGGCCCAAGAUAUAAAAUUGUUCGACAUUGUCUGACGUA